AUGGGAGACAGUCCUCCUGUCGUGCCGGGGUAUAUUGACAAAAUCCUAAAAUUCCCCGACGGCAGCUCGUAUGAGCUCUUGAAGCCAUUGGCAACAUAUCGCUCGUGUCACGAUGGAACGCCAGCGGAGGCACGGAUAGUGCUGACCUGCCAGCGGAACGAGGCAGACUCGGCGUCGACGGAUGAAUAUGUCGUCAAGAUCAAGAUCCAGUACUGCGACCAGCGACCAAGCAAUGCGCCUGACCCUGGCCCCAGCACCACGACGGCCCACGAGCUCAAGGCGUUGAAGAAGUUCCAUGACGCCAGCAGUCAAUACACUCCUGUGUUGGUCAACUUCAUGAGCGUGGUCCAGCCUCCAGAGGGUCCUCUGCCUGGCGGAUAUCUGACGUUCCUCGUGAUGACCAAAAUGCCGGGCGAUUCGCUGUUCAACAUGUACUACUGGGGCAUGUCGGAUGAGGAACGAAGACAGAUCCGAGAGAACUUUCUCGUGGCGCUGAACUGGAUAUACAUGCAAGGCAUAGAGCCCGUGGAUUGCGGCUUGCGAAACAUUCUGUGGGAACGGGGGUCCAAGAAAUGCACCAUCAUCGACUUCGAACUCUGGCGAGACACGGACGCGUCCUUCGGCGAUGAAAUAAAAGAACUCCAAAGGUGGGGACUGGUACGACAGCCUGCUGCUAAGAACCACUGGGACGCGUGGAAUCAGAUGUUCCGGUAA